AUGAGCCGCCAUUGUUGCACAUCCACAACAACAAACCAGUAUGGUAUACUGCUAUUAUUUCUCUGCAUAAUCUCAACUUCUUUAUUGCAAAUUGUGGAUGCGCAACGACAAUCGAGUGAUGAUGAUGAUUAUGAGUUAAAUGGAAAUAAAGUAAGUCCAUCAAUGGCUUUAAUUGUUAUUGUUUUAGUUCUAGGUUUUUUCAUUACUGGAUGCAUUGCUAUUUACAUCCAACAAUGUUCCGAUAAUUCUUCAAUUGGUGAUCCAGCUGCUUUUGCUAGAAAUGAAAAUUUGUUAAGAGCUCAAAUCCGUGGACUCGAUCAAUCCGUAAUCGAAACAUUUCCGACAUUUUUAUACGCCGAUGUGAAGGAUUUGAAAUUCGGUAAAGAGUCACUGGAGUGCGCUAUUUGCCUUAAUGAGUUUCAGGAAGAUGAAACACUGGUACCGAGGUCACACUCGACGGGUCAUUCACUGAGUCAACACGGUGAGAAUCGUGACCGAUUCACAUUGAGGUUACCGGAUGAAGUUCGAAAACAGCUUAUAGUGGCUCAACCGAAGCUGAAACGGACAAUUAGCUUAGUGGCCUUACCUCGAGUUUCAAGCUCAAAACGCGGCUAUCGAAGAAGAAGGGGAAUAAUUUUGACCGAAGCAGCAGAGGGAGAAAAUGGCUGGGAAUGUCUGAAAUGAAGAAGGAAGGUUUGCUUAUUAAAGGGUCACGUGCGUCACAGGUGAUAGUCAAAGGUUAGUUUUGACGGUCAAACUCUCGAAUCCGUUAGAAGGUAAUCUUUUGCAAACAAAAGUAUUACAUAAGGUAGUUUUUUGCAAAAAAAAUUAAAUAAGGUAGUUUUUUGCAAAUUCAAGUAUAGAAUAGGUAGUUUUAUAGAAUUUUCUCUAAUAAAAAUUUUGUAUUGUGUAUUUAGGUUUUUUCAAAUACUCACAUUCAUGGACAUCCUUGUAAAACCCUAUUCCUGAAUUUUAGUUU